UAGGGUCGUUUCCCCCUGGGUACACUGCAGGUGCAGGUGCAUUUUUUUUUUCCUCGGUGUGGCUUCUUAGAAAACCACUCGAUUUGUUCGUGACCCACACUCAAUUCGGGUCCAUUUUUUCCCAACCCCACGCCCGUGUUUGUACCCAGUACAGAUGGCAAUAAAAAAUCAACACAAAGUUAGGAAAUAGCAAUGGAAAAAUCGACUGGUGCCACUUAUCUCCACUUCACCAAAACUGUGUUCUCCAUGCUUGCAGCAUUGUCUUGCCUAAUUGGGCCAUUGUGCUUCCCUCCCAUUCCCGAUUUCACCGAUUGCUGCAGCUCCUGCAAGUGGAGACUGCUGCUCUCACCCGGCCCUAAUCAAGGCCCUUCACUAAUUCCGCCCUGGUCACCACAUUAUGGAGACCGGAUGCGACGUGGCCCAAUUGCAUUCUGGUCAUCGGGCAGUUCGUCAAUGACGUUCAAGGGCCCAAUGACUGCCACUGCAGCUAGUCGUUGUUGCCAUCCACCACGGGGGCCGGGCGAACCCUUAUACGCUGCCUCACCAUAGUCGUCCAAUUGUAAUUGUUUUUGUCGCCAGAGGAACAAGCAUAGGCUUCUUACCUGUUCGGUCUUCUAAUACAGGAGUACCUGGCCCAAGUGUUUCGACCUUUUUAACUUCAUCUUCUUACUCAUUUUCUUACUCCUCCAAAGUACCCUUGCAUCGAGCCCGACUGUAUCGUGACAAUCUAUAAUUGUCCGAUUAUUUUCUCACGCCACUAGUCCGCCCUGUUUUAUGAUACGUCAUUAAUCCGAGGAUAUGGUUAAGAAAAAGAACAAGAAGAAUAAUAAGAAUAACGCUCGCCCUCCCGCUGGCACUGCAACACCAAACCCCGACACCAACGACAAUAAAGAUUCCAUUGAGGCUACUGGCGAGCCCCCGGCCCUAACUCCGGAAGAUGCCUUCGGGUUACAAUACCAAUCGGUACAGCUUCAAUAUCAAACAUACGAUUAUGAAAAAUCCCAAUUCGCAAGUUAUCACAUCAAUGAAUCGACCGAUCGUCUGACGGGGGCAAAUGACCAGGACAACAAAGAAGACCCCAACACCACCGAACCAAAGGAAGACGCCCCUGCCGAACCUGCAGUAGAGGAAUCUAGCGCACCGACCGAAGACUCAGAAUCUCCAGAAUCUGCUGGAUCAACAGAGGCAACAACACCCGCCGAACCAGCUGACAAUCCCGAUGGCGCAGCCGACGCAGACGUCAAGGAAGAAGGCACAGAUGCGCCUGCUGGCGAUGAGCCUCCGCCGAACGCAGAAGGGGAGGGUGUCUCAGAUGAAGCCCCUCAAGAGCCUCCUGCGGAGAGUUCAGAGCCCGAACCGAAGGAUGAAGAGACUGCCGCAGCAGCAGAUGAUAGCGCCGCAAAGCCCGAUGACGGUGGAAACAAUGACGAUGCUUUUCCAGACUGUGACCCUGAAGAGGGAGAGAACGGGGUAGAGGCCGAGAAGGAGGCCGAGAAGGAGGCCGCAAGACUAGCAGCUGAAGAAGCUGACGCCGCCAAAGCCGAAGAAGCUCAAAGUGAUGAUAAUGGAGCCAACGCCGAUGCUGCAGCCGAAGGCAGUGAAGAAGCUCCCAAAGAAGCUCCGUCGACUACCGAAGAGCCUGCUGCCGACAAAAAUGAAGAUGCAGCCCCGCCUGACGAAGCACCUGCGGCUGAGACAGCAGAUGAGGCCAAGCCAGAGGGCGAAGCUGAACCAGAGAAAGAUGCUUCAGAUUCUCCUGUAGAAGCCGAAGCUCAGCCGGAGGAACCACCUGCAGCAAGCGAACCUGAACCGCCAGCACCUGUGGAGCCAGAGCCAGAGCCAGAACCGGUCGUCGACGAGUCGAAGUUGACAGCAAAGCAGAGGAAGGCUCUCAAAAAGAAGAAGAAGAACGCCAAAGCUGAGCCUACACCUACACCUACACCUCCACCUGAACCCGUAGUGGAACCCGUAGUGGAACCCGAACAGCCGGCUCCUACCCCGGCAGAGGAAACCCCGGCAGAGGAAGCUCCAGCAGAAGAAGCUUCAGCAGAAGAAGCUCCGGCAAAAGAAGCUCCGGCAGAAGAAUCCCCGGCAGAGGAAGCUCCAGCAGAAGAAGCUCCGGCAAAAGAAGCCCCGGCAGAAGAAACUCCGGCAGAAGAAACUCCGGCAGAAGAAGCUCCGGCAGAAGAAGCUCCGGCAGAAGAAGCUCCGGCAGCAAGUGAGCCUGAACCGCCAGCACCCGUGGAGCCAGAGCCAGAGCCAGAACCGGUCGUCGACGAGUCGAAGUUGACAGCAAAGCAGAGGAAGGCUCUCAAAAAGAAGAAGAAGAACGCCAAAGCUGAGCCUACACCUACACCUACACCUCCACCUGAACCCGUAGUGGAACCCGUAGUGGAACCCGAACAGCCGGCUCCUACCCCAGCAGAGGCCCCGACAGAAGAGGCCAAGGCAGAGGAGGCACCAGCAGCAGAGAUCAGCCCACCUGAGGAGCCUGCUGAGACGGCCCCCGAAGCAGCUCCCGAACCGGAAGCAACAAGCCAGCCCGAAGCUAAGCCUGAAGACGCUCCUGCUGAACCAGCAGAGCCCACCUGUGAGCCAGAGGCUACGACACCGGAGGAGCCCGAAAGCACCCCUGCUGUUGAGGAACCUGUGGUAGAAUCUGCUGAGCCAGAAGUCCCACCGGCUGAGGAGCCUGCUGCCGACCCCGCUGCACCUGAAGCUGAACCAGAGUCAACCCCAGAGGUAGACAGCGAGGGAGAGAAAGCUCCCUCUACCGAUGAAACUCCAGUGGAAGCUGUCGUAGAGUCAUCUGCCCCAGAAACCACCGAAGAGCCGGUAGCGGACCCAGCCCCAGUUGAAGAGCCAGCCCCUGCUCCUGUCGAGGAAGUGGUUGAGGAGUCUAUUGUUGAGCAGACGCCCGAGGAACCUACAGCGGAUCCAGCUCCUACGCCAGAAGCUGAGCCUGUCGCGGAAACUCCAGCUGAGGAAAGCCUUCCAGAGACUGCAAAGGAAGAGCCUGUUUCAGAGGAGCCCGUCGCUGACGCCCCUGUUGAAGAGCCUGCUGCCGUCGAUCCUCCUGCUGAAGAGCCUGCUGAGGCUGAGGUGCCAGCUGAGGAACAUACUGAAGCUCCUAAAGAAGAAUCCGCAGCGGAGGUUACACCAGAAGAGGCUGCACCUGUGGAGCCUGUUGUUGAGGAACCUGUUAUUGAGGAGCCUGUUGCUGAUGAGCCUGUUGCUGAGGAGCCUGUUGCUGAGGAGCCUGUUGCUGAGGAGCCUGUUGCUGAGGAGCCUGUUGCUGAGGAGCCUGUUGCUGAGGAGCCUGUUGCUGAGGAGCCUGUUGCUGAGGAGCCUGUUGCUGAGGAGCCUGUUGCUGAGGAGCCUGUUGCUGAGGAGCCUGUAGUCGAGGCAGCCCCCGAGGAAGCUCCUACUGAAGAGCCUCCUGUUGAAGAGUCUCCAGCACCGGUUGAGGAGGUGCCCGUGGAAGCUGCCCCGGCAGAAUUAACACCUCCAGCCGAAGAGCCCGUAGUGGAGGAACCUGCAGUGGAGGAACCUGCAGUGGAAGAACCUGUCGUGGAAGCUGAACCUGUCGUGGAAGAGCCGGCACCUGAAGCACCCCCUCCUGCUGAAGAGCCCCCAGUCGAGGUCGCCCAUGAAGAGCCAGCUGCCCCAGAGCCUGAAGCUGCCGAGGAGCCCUCGGUAGAAUCAGCCCCUGAAGAAUCAGCCAGGGAACUUCCUGUGGAAGAACCUCCAGUUGAAGCAGCUCCUCCAGCUGAAGAACCAGCCCCCGAGCCAACCCCUCCUGCAGAAGAGCCCCCAGUCGAGGCAGCUCCUGAAGAGCCAGCUCCUCCGGCUGAAGAGCCUGCCCCCGAGCAAGUUCCUCCAGUGGAAGAGCCUCCUGCAGCCGAUCCAGUACCUGCUGAUGAACCACCUGCCGAAGCAGCACCAGCUGAGGUACCAGCGGAACUUGCCCCAGAGGAGCCUGCGCCUGAAGAGAUCCCAGCUCCUGCAGAGCCACUGGUCCCCGAGAGAGCAACACCAGCAGACUUUGCUCCAGAAGAGCCAAUCGAAGCAUCCCGCGAGAUUGAAGAAAUUGUGGAAGCACCGGGAAGCAGAGAUGGUACCCGCCGCCGAAAGAAGCGUCCAACAGGAGAGCGCGAGCGACGCUACUCCAAGACAUCAUCCGAUGGAAACAAGGGUCAAUCUCUUCAACGCCAGAAGAGCGAGCGUAGUGUUUUCACCAAUCGAUGGGCUAAAGCUUUGGAAGAAGCCAAGCGACAACACGAGGAGAAGAAACGUGCCGAAGCACGCGCAAAGCUAGCUAAGGCAGCCGUGGAAGAGGACAAGGAAAAGAGUGGCAUCACUUCCGAGAAGUCCAGGCGAUCUGAGCGUUCUUCCUCGAAAGGGCCGAAGGAGCAGGAUCCGCCGAUCGUCGAGACCAAGCUGAAGCGUACUCUAUCCUCCAAGGAACCAAGCCGAUCUAUCAAGCCGCCUCCAUCUUCCAAGGCACCUUCAUCCUCGAAGCAGACCUCAUCUUCUCCGCCUAAGCCUCAGCCCCGCCACUUCCUUCAAUACAUGAGCAAAGGCCAGUCGGACACCACCAGACCUCUUGUGCGCGUUAAUACGUCCAAGUCUGUGGCUCCACCUUCUGAUCGGCCACGUCGCGCCUCGACAGCCCAAAGCCACGGAAGCAAUGGCAGUCACGAGCGUUCACCAAACGAGGAGCGGAAGUCCAGCGGCCGUUCUAGUGGCUCAACUUCCCGCCGUGAAGAAGCAGCUCCUCGACCCGAGAAAGAGGUGGAGAGAGAAAAGGAGAAGGAGAAGGAGAGGAAGCCUCGUCGGCGCUCUCGCGAAGAACCCGAACCCAGUAAGCCCCGCGAAAAGGAGCGGGAGAGAGAGAAAGAGAAGGAGAGAGAGAAGCCCGAAAGAGAACGCCGAUACCGUGAGGUUCGCGAGGGUGAAGAUGGUCGACGUCGUCGACACCGUCGGGAACCAUCGCCGCCGAAGGAGUCGAGGCUGAAGGGGCUUUUCAGGACUAUUACUGCUCAUUAG